AUGAGGCGAAUAGCGGAGGACGGCAUGGCGAAGCACAAGGAGAAAAGCAUAAUUCCUGUUCUGGCUGACCUGCCGGUAGGCUACAACCUUCAGGACCAUAUGCACGUCGAGGGCAUCUCUGGCACGUUGCCUUAUCCAGACGGAAUAGAACUUUUCCGGACGUCCACGGUGCUGAACUACAAGCUCAUGCGGACAGGUCCAUUUGCCAUUCCUGGAUCCAUUGAGGCUCUUGCAUUUGUUAGCACGCCGUAUGUGAAUGCAUCGCUGGAAUUCCCGGAUGUUGAGAUCGUCCUGCAGUCCCUCCCUUCUUCAGCGCUUCCCUUGGAAUACUAUCUGACAAACAUGGAUCUCCGGAAAGAGGUGUACGAUCAAUACUUCCUGCCCAAACGCGGAGAUUACGGAUUCGCACUGGCUCCAGUGAUGAACAGGCCGAAAUCGAGAGGUUACGUGAAACUGAGGACAGCGAACCCACUGGACCAACCAAUCAUUGACCCGAAGUAUUUGACGCAUCCUUACGAUCUUGCGGUGGCAGUUGAAGGGGUCAAGAUAGCACUGCGACUCAUGGAGAGCGACGCUAUGCGGGCCCUCGGCGCGAAGCCUUGGGACAUCCCUCUAGAUGCGUGCUACUCUGCAGGCCCCAUAUGGAGUGACCCGUACAUAGCCUGCCUUGUACGCCACAUGGCUCACACCACGUGGCACGCCUGCUGCACGUGCCCCAUGGGUUCGGACGAAAGGGCUGUGGUGGACCACAGGCUCAGGGUUCGCGGCCUGAAGAGCCUUCGCGUCGUGGACGCAUCUGUCAUGCCAACAAUAGUAACUGGGAACCUCAACGCACCUGUGAUGAUGAUCGCCGACAAAGCAGCGGCUAUGAUUCGACAAGAUAAUCGUUAGCUAAUAUUGCUUUAUUUAGGCAUUCAAAACACAGGUUAGGAUUUUCUAUGAUUACCGUUUGCGCUACAUUGACAAGGCGAAGCUAAACAAAAUGCUGAGCUGCGACAGUUUACUUUUUGGUCCAUAGCUGUCAUCGUUCCAAGUGUACGUUAGCUCAUAUUACUCAAAAACGGUACUCGUGAUUUACUUUUUUGCUAGGAAUAAGGUGACUGCGAUUUCAGCCUGUCUUGGAAGGUGCAUCUGUGUGGCCGAAAAGCUCUGAUUUUAUAAUCACAGGAACUUUUUUUGUCGGCAUCAUUGUCGUCUAUACCAUCUCGGGAAAAACUUGGAAUUCCGUUUCUGCCACCCAUUUCGGCAUUCAUUGCAUGCCCGUCGCUCUCAUGUUGUGUGUGCAAGCUCUGUAAAAAAUACCCGAAGGCAUUGCAUGAAAUAAACUGGCUAGGUUGCCCUCGCACACUUUGCGCGAAGUUGUAUAUCCUGAUGUACCGUCUUAAUCUUGUGCCACACAAAUUUCGCUCAGUAACUGGGACAUUUUUAGCAAAUAUGUUAUACCUACUUAGGAAUUAUGUGGACUGAGAUUACUUGGUGAAACGUGUGUGGAAUGAUAAUAAAUUAUAUAUU